GGUACUCCGUGUGUAUGUAAGCGGUAUGAAAAUUUCGUUCGGACUUGUGAUAAAGUUUGAUAGAAAUUCAUAUUAUAAAAAAUAAAACGACAUACCCAUGUGAAUAUAAUUGUAAAAUUGAUAAUUUUUCCACAAAGAAAAUGCUGAGUAUUCGCCAGUGUGUACAGUUUCUAACAUCAUGUAGUAAAGCUGUCAUAAAUAAGACAAAUGUCCUAUCAAGUGUAACAAGGGCAACAAAUUUUAUACCAAUAUGUAAUUUACAUCUUUCUCCUUUGGUAUGCAAAAACUUGGCAAACUAUAAGUCUCCGACAGGAUUUUGUGAAUAUAAUAAGAAAAUUUUUCCACCACAAAAACUUGAUGAAGAAAGAAGGCUUGCUUAUGUAUGCCAUAUGAAAGCUAAUAUUAAAUAUAGUUUAAAGAAUAUGUGGUAUAUUGCAUGCUUUGUGAGAGGCAUGUCAGUGGAUGAAGCUGUGAAACAGUUGAGUUUUAUACAUAAAAAAGGUGCUGCAAUUGCAAAAGAAGUUAUCUUAGAAGCUCAACGCUUAGCUGUAGAAGAACAUAAUGUGGAAUAUAAAAGUAAUUUGUGGGUUGCUGAAUCAUUUGCUACUAAAGGUGUGGUGAUCAAAGGUUUACGGCGACACGCUAAAGUACGUGCAGGAGUAAUUCAUUACAGAUAUACCCAUUAUUUUGUACGCUUGGAAGAAGGGCCACCUCCUAAAUAUUAUUAUUUGCCAUAUCCUAAAAGUGGUGAGGAAUUGUUGAACAAUUGGUUAGAAAACAUGAAGAAGCGUAAAAUACCAAAUACUUUGUAA